AUGUCAUGGCGUCCGACCUACCGAAGCUCCAAGUUUCGAAAUGUCUACGGGAAGGUCACCAACCGGGAGCACUGCUUCGACGGUGUCCCCAUCACCAAGAACGUCCAUGACAACCACUUCUGUGCCGUCAACUCCAAGUUCCUCGCGGUGGUCACGGAGAGUUCGGGCGGAGGAUCUUUCAUCGUCAUCCCUGUGGUUCAGGCCGGCCGCCUGGACUCUCACUACCCAAAGGUGUGUGGUCACCAAGGCAACGUGCUGGACAUCAAAUGGAAUCCGUUCUUUGAAAACAUCAUCGCCUCUUGCUCCGAGGACACGUCGGUGCGAGUAUGGGAGAUCCCAGAGGGCGGUCUGAGGCGCAACAUGAACGAGGCGGUGCUGGAGCUGUACGGGCACAGCAGACGUGUUGGUCUGAUCGAGUGGCAUCCCACCAGCAGCGGCAUCCUCUUCAGCGCCGGCUACGACUACAAGAUCCUGAUCUGGAACCUGGAGAUCGGAGAGCCGGUGAAAAUGAUCGACUGUCACCACGACGUGAUCCUCAGCAUGUCCUUCAACACGGACGGCAGCCUGCUGGCCACCAGCUGCAAGGACAAGACGCUGCGAGUCAUCGAGCCGCGCUCCGGCAGAGUCCUGCAGCAAGCCAGCUGUAAGAACCACCGUGUAAACCGAGUGGUUUUCCUGGGCAACAUGAAGCGGCUGCUCACCACGGGGGUUUCUCGCUGGAACACCCGGCAGAUCGCUCUGUGGGAUCAGGAGGAUUUGUCGAUGCCAAUUGCGGAGGAGGAUAUAGACGGGCUCUCAGGGCUGUUGUUUCCCUUCUACGACGCUGACACACACAUGCUGUACCUGGCAGGAAAGGGGGACGGUAACAUCCGUUACUUUGAGAUCACCACGGAGAAGCCCUACUUGCAGUAUCUGAUGGAGUUCAGGUCCCCGGCUCCACAGAAAGGACUGGGCGUGAUGCCCAAGCACGGGCUGGACGUGUCGGCCUGCGAGGUGUUCCGCUUCUACAAGCUCGUCACCCUGAAGGGUUUGAUCGAACCCAUUUCCAUGAUCGUGCCGAGGAGGUCAGACACAUACCAGGAGGACAUCUACCCCAUGACAGCAGGAACAGAACCGGCGCUCUCUGCCAGCGAAUGGCUGAGCGGCAUCGACAGAGACCCAGUGUUGAUGUCUCUGAAGGAAGGUUACCAGCGGCCAAACCAGUUAGUGUUCAAGGCCCCGGUGAAGGAGAAGAAGAGCGUGGUGGUGAACGGCAUCGACCUGCUGGAGAACGUCCCCCCCAGGACAGAGAACGAGCUCCUGCGGAUGUUCUUCCGGCAGCAGGACGAGCUCCGGCGGCUGAAGGAGGAGCUUAGCACCAAGGACGUGCGAAUACGCCAACUGGAGCUGGAGCUCAACAACCUGAAGAACGUUAGCCCCAACAACGUGUGACCUCGCAGCCUCCUGGACUGACACAGCUGCUUCCUCUGCCUCCGAGUCUGACC